AUGCUCGUAAUCCUUCAACGGGCGCAUCGCCUUCCAGGUGGCGCGAGGCGCGCAUCCGGCACCCCACUAGGCUCCCGCAUCCCACUUCCAGCUUCCGUGCCGUCACUCUCAGCCUUGCUUCUUAAACUUGUCAUCCUGUGCAAACAGUGGUCGAGACAGAGCUUUUUUUGUGCAAGCAAGUAUCCAACACAUCCGAGCCUGCAACAGGAUACGAUUUCGUGCCACAAGCCCAGCUUCGAUAUAACCGCUGCUUCACGCCACCACCGCCAAUAUGUUGAUCAAGUGAGAAAGCUUCCCUAUUCUCUUUUCUUGGGCUUGUUUCAACAAACGAUGCAUGAAGCUAAACGAAACUUGCAAACGGACAGAGUGCGAACCUUGACCGGCAAGGAAAUUGAGCUCGAUAUCGAGUCGGACUACAAGGUCUCUCAGAUUAAGGAGAAGGUGGAAGAGAAGGAGGGCAUUCCGCCCGUGCAGCAGCGUCUCAUCCAUGGCGGCAAGCAAAUGACCGAUGACAAGACUGCGGCCGAAUACAACCUUGUCGCUGGCGACACUCUGCAUCUCGUCCUUGCCCUUAGGGGGGGACGGCACUUUGAAUAA